AUGCAUCUUGUGAUCUUUUUCAUCUUGGCAUCCGCGGUGGACAAAAGCUGUCAGUUAACACAAAGUGACUGCGGAGCCACCUUUAGACGGCCAGAAUACACUGACAUCUCUGUUGAAUGUGGCACCUCUUCAAUUGGCCUGGCAAUCCUCAUCUGCCCUGUUGUCUACACCGGCUACAACGAGUCACUGCUCAUCCUCAAUCAUAUGUUCGAUGACCCGGCAUGUAAAGGGACCUUGGAUGAAAGUGUGACCCCACCAGUUGCCAGGUUCACCUUCCCCAUCAACUCAAGCAGUGCUUGCGGCAGCAACUUCAGGACCACGAGCGCUCCUGGCACAGGGAUUUUCUCUGACUUCUCCAACAUCCAGACGGUUAACAUCAGUGGCGUGAUUCACUCCCACGAUCCCACCACGGGCAUAGUCACCUAUAACGCUGAGCUCAAAUACUUCUACUCCUGUGCUUAUCCUCUGGAGUACCUCGUCAACAAUACCCGUGUGGAUGUGUCAUCAUCCUCCAUUUCGGUGAAAGACAACAAUGGAAGUUUCAUCAGCACUUUGAGCAUGAACAUCUUCAGCGAUUUUCAAUAUACCCAGCCUCUGGUCAUACCACCUCUGGGCUUAGAACUGAGGACCAAAGUGUUUGUCCAGGUCAAGGCAUCCAACUUGACUGAUCAGUACCAUGUUCUCCUGGACCGGUGCUAUGCCUCCGUCUCGCCACACCCCACCAACUCCACUUUCUUCAACCUGUUUGUCCCGUGCUCCAAACACCAGAUGACCAACAUCUCUGAGAAUGGAGACGGUCAGCACGCCCGCUUCUCCUUCCCGGCCUUCCGUUUCCUCGAACAGCAGAACGAGACCAUUUCCACCUACUACCUACACUGUGUCACCAGACUCUGCGAGAAGAGCACCUGCGAUGACUUCAAGCAGUGCACCAGAAGGAGGAGAAGGGCUGUGGAUUCUGACCCUUUAAAGGAAGGAAUGACAGAGUCUACCACCCUCUCCUCAUCCAAACCCAUAGUCACCAAGGUUGAGAGUGUUCUGGGAUCUAAAGAGGAAGAUCUGUCCAGCAGCGAGUCCGACUCCUCUGUGGGACUCGGGAUAGCCGUGGGGAUCCUGACUGUGGCCGUCCUUGUGGUUGUGGCCAUGGCCGCUGUCUUGUACAGGAGGCGCAGACACUGA